GAAACGACAGAGGCAGACGCCGGGGCUGGCGGCGACGGCGCCGCAGGGCAGGAAGCGGGAGUCCUGCGGCGGGCGCCCGCCUUCGGCUCCCACCUUGCGGGUGACGUUGUGCACGUAGGGGCACGUAUUGCAGGCGAAGCGGUGGCAGCGCUGUCCCUCCUCCACGAUCAGCCCGUUCCCGCAGCCGGGGCAGAACAGCAGCAUCGUCCCGGACUCCGCAGGGGCCGGGCCCCUCCGCUCCCGCGGUGCCUCAGCGCCGGGAGCCGGAGCCGGCACCGGCACCGCCCCACCCCCCAGCCGACCAAUAGACACGGCAAUUCUGCGCUCCCAGCAGGCUAUGCGGCAGGCUGUCUCGCACUUGUCAUUGGUCACGGCAACUGCCCCUCCCCUCCGUGCACCAAUGGCUGGGCGGCCUCGCUGGGGCGGGCCGCAGUUCCCGCGCGUGCGCGCUUGGCCCCCGUAGUGCGGCCGGGCAGCGCGGGCGGAUCCCUGCUGAGACGCGCCGUCCUGGAGCAGCCGGAGGCCGCCAGUCGGCCCGAGGCGCCGGAGGACGAUGAGGACGAGGAGGAGGCGCUGCCGCACUCCGAGGCCGUGGACGUGUUCCAGGAGGGUCUGGCCAUGGUGGUGCAGGACCCGCUGCUCUGCGAUCUGCCGAUCCAGGUUACUUUGGAAGAAGUCAACUCCCAAAUAGCCCUAGAAUAUGGCCAGGCAAUGACGGUCCGAGUGUGCAAGAUGGAUGGAGAAGUGAUGCCUGUGGUUGUAGUGCAGAGUGCCACGGUCCUGGACCUGAAGAAGGCCAUCCAGAGAUACAUGCAGCUCAAGCAGGAGCGUGAAGGGGGCAUUCAGCACAUCAGCUGGUCCUAUGUGUGGAGGACGUACCAUCUGACCUCUGCAGGAGAGAAGCUCACAGAAGAUAGGAAGAAGCUCCGAGACUACGGCAUCCGGAAUCGAGACGAGGUUUCCUUCAUCAAAAAGCUGAGGCAAAAGUGAGCCUCCAGACAAGGACAGCUCUCUUCACUGGUGACUGAGUUUUUCCCCAGCAGCAUCGGGUCCUCAAGAAAGGACAUGGUGGUGGCCUCACCCCAGGCAUGCCCAACAGGAACUCUCAGCACGAACCUGGGAGCCCCCGGGACUAGGACGGGGUGAGCCAGCGCUCCCUUCUUCCAUGUGCUUGUCCUGAGACUGACCUCUCCCUGGGUCCAAAUACCCUAGUCACAUGCCAGAUCCACAGCCUGACCCUGUGUAUAAAAUAAAACUAUUUGCUUCAUAGUUUGAAAA